AUGUUUGCAUCCGUGGCUCUGCUCUUGGUGGCUGUCCUGCUCUUCCUGGUCCUCGGUCGAAACCGCAGGCCCAAAGGAUUCCCUCCAGGGCCCGAGCCCAUCCCCAUCAUUGGAAACCUGCUGGAACUCAAUCUGGAGAACCCCAUUGCAGAUCUGAACAGGUUGGCCAAACAAUAUGGUAACGUUUACAGCCUGUUCAUUGGUCCCAGGCCCACGGUCAUCAUCAAUGGGAUGCAGGCCUUUAAAGAAGCACUGGUCAACAAAGCUGCUGACUUCUCUGGCAGACCACAAAAUCUGAUGGUUAAUCAUCUGAUACAAAUGAAAGCUGAUGCUCCCGGAGUGGUUCUAGCAGAUUAUAACCAUCUCUGGAGAGAGCAGCGACGCUUUGGUCUGAUGACCCUGAGAAACUUUGGUCUGGGUAAACAGCUCAUGGAAAGGAGCAUACUGGCAGAGAUACAACGUGUCAUGAAGAUACUGGAGCAGAGUGUCGGUAAGGCCAUGAAUCCCAAGCAGCUGUUCCACAGCGCAGCCUCCAACAUCAUCUGCCAAGUUCUGUUCGCAAAGCAGUUCGGCUAUGACGAUGAGUUCAUGAAGUUUUUUGUUAACCUUUUUCGUGAGACCUCCAAAAUAAUCAACGGGCGCUGGGGUAUGAUUUAUGACACUAUUCCAAUCGUGCGCAACCUGCCACUGCCCUUCAACAAAGCCUUUAAGAUGUUCAGGACUUCAUAUGAAAAACGUAUGGAGAUGUUGGCUGUGAGCAAAAAGACCAGAGUUCCCGGUAAACCGCGACAUUUCAUAGACUGCUACCUGGAUGAAAUGGACAAGAGAGGAGACGACGCAUCGUCAUUUUCUGAAGACCAGCUUUGUUCCUUUCUUUUGGACCUUCACUUUGCCGGGACAGACACGACCGCCAACACAAUGCUCAGCGCCAUCCUCUACCUCUCGAAUAAUCCACAGAUACAGGAGCGAUGUCAGCAGGAAAUAGACCAAGUCCUGGAGGGGAAGGAUGACGUCAGCUUUGAAUGCAGAGACCAGAUGCCUUAUGUGCAGGCUGUCAUUCAUGAGGUCCAGAGGACGGCUGACACUGUUCCUCUCAGUGUUUUCCACUGCACCACCAAAGACACGGAGCUGAUGGGAUACUCUAUACCCAGGGGAACUGUUGUCAUCCCAAACCUGUCCUCAGUGCUGAAUGAGGAGGGACAGUGGAAAUCCCCCCACAAAUUCAACCCUGAAAACUUCCUCAAUGAGAAGGGCGAGUUUGUGAAGCCUGAGGCCUUCAUGCCUUUCUCUAUAGGUCCUCGUAUGUGUCUCGGAGAGGGUCUGGCUCGUAUGGAGCUCUUCCUCAUGAUUGUGUCCCUGCUGAGGAGGUUCACGUUCAUCUGGCCUGAGGAUGCAGGAGAGCCAGACUACAAUCCUGUUUUUGGAGCAACCCAGACCCCCAAACCUUAUACCAUGAAGGUCCAACUUAGGAAGACUAUUAAGGGAAACAAUUAA